AAUCUUUCUUGUUCAAAGAAUUGGAGAGAGAGGAAGAGAAAGAGUCAAUUAUGAGUAGUAAUCCAAACAGGGCUGAAGCAGAGAGAUUGUUAGCCAUAGCUGAACGGCUCCUUCGUGGCCAGGACUUCAAUGGAUCCCGUGAUUUUGCAGUCUUAGCUCAAGAAAAUGAUCCUAUCCUUGAUGGGUCCGAUCAGAUCUUGGCUGUCGCCGACGUACUUAUGGCUUCACAGAAGAAGGUAAACAAUCAUCCUGAUUGGUACGCGAUUCUUCAGGUCAAUCGCCGAUCAGAUGAUCUAGAACUCAUCAAGCGUCAGUAUCGACGUCUAACUCUCCUCCUUCAUCCAGACAAAAACAGUUUUCCGUUUGCAGAUUCUGCCUUUCACCUAGUUUCAGAUGCCUGGAAACUCCUUUCCGAUGUUCAAAAGAAAUCGAUCUAUGAUAACGAGAUAGGUGUGAGUAUGUUUUCAAAGGUCGAUCUCGUCCCUGUUGUUGAGAGCAACAGUUACAGAGAUUCGUUCAAGAAAUUGCCAGUCAGACGAGGGGAGAAGAAGAAGAAGAAUGAGGAGGAGGAGGAGGAGAAGAAGGAGAAAGAAAAAGAGAAAGAACAGGAUACUUUCUGGACUGUGUGCCCUUACUGUUACAACUUAUACCAAUAUCAAAAAAUAUACCAAGAUUGCUGCUUGAAGUGCCAGAAAUGCGAGAGGGCUUUUCAUGGAGUAGUGAUUUGGCCGGUGCCACAAAUGGUGCCUGGAAAAGAUGCUUAUUAUUGUUGUAAGGCAUUUUUUCCUUUCAAUUUUCCUCCCUCCGCAGAUCCCAAUUAUCAGGACCCUGAAGCUGCAAAGAAGAUGGAGGCGACCCCUGCAGCAGCUGCUCCUACUAAGAAGAGAGGUAGGUCUAGGAAACGUUAGAACAUUAUUAUUAUUAUUGUUGUUGUUCUUGUUGAUGCCAUUGAUGGUGGUUGAAUUAGAAUAGAAUGAAUCUGUUUGAAGUUGGGUUGUAGUGUAUGUAGUUGAUGAUGAUGUAUUCAGAUCAGAAGAGAUGGAUACAGUUAAUUAUUGAUUGUAUGUAAUGCUAUUAUGCAUGUUUUUUUUCAAGUUAAAGCUUGGAAUCUUG